AUGGCAGGACCAACGAAGGAGAGGGUAUUCAUCCACUAUGUGCUGGGGAAGAUGCUGAUGCUAUUUUUCCUGUGCCACCCUGGCACCCUGGCGACGUGCGACGGACAGGCCUACCUCCGCAACCGUUACGCGAACCGGGACCUGGUGAAGACCGAAAGCGAGCUCGAGGACCACAGGCGGCACUACAAACGCCGCGACGUGAGCGAGUUCGCCAUGCGGGUCGGCGUUCCGGAGGAGAUCCUGCAGUCGAAGGCGGGCGUGGACGACAACUACACCCCCGACUGGGCCCCGACCCUCGAGCAGCGCUUCCACAGCACCGUCGUAGCCUGGCUACGCAAGGGCGGGUCGACUGCCGACCAAGACAAACCCGCCACCACCACCGGCGCCACACACACGAACGCCGGCUCUACAGCUAACACCGCUAGCACCACUACCGCCGCCGAUGCCGCCGCCACCAUGGCCGCCGUCCGGGUGGCCACGCGCGGGAUGGCCUUCGUCCCCACGCCUCACACGCGCGGCAGGGUGACGGGCGUGCACCGCAGGGCCUCCACGAGCGGCGCGCUCACCGCUAGGCAACGUUGGGUCUCGCCGCUUGCGGAGGUUGGCUCGAACCCACGACGCUGCUCAGAAUGCUCCGGCUGCCGCCGCCUGAGGAGCGCCCGCCGCGGCAGCGCCGGCAACCCCCAGAUGCUGCUCAGCCGGUUCCGCGGCCGCGGGUUUCCGCUCCGGAGAGGCAUCUUCGGGGGCGCCAGCGAGGCUGACGGCGGCGGCAGCAGCAGCAAGGACAGCAACAGCGGCGGCGGCGGCGGCGAGGACUGCGUCCAAGAUGAAAUCCGAGACCAGGCGGCGGCUACGACGUACAACAGCGCGGAGACCUUGGAGGGACCCGAGCGACCGCUCACCGGCAACGGCGACAGCGGUGGCGGCGGUAGCAGAUCGUCCGUGUUGUCGACGUUUUUGGGAGGCGCGGCCGACGCCUACGACUCGGCUUUGGACUUCGUGGGGUGCGCGCUGGUGACCUCGCCGCUCGGAAAGCGGUACCUCUCCGGAGCAUCCGACGGUUACAACACCGUGUCGACCAUCCGCAGGACCGGCGGGGGCCCCGCGGACAUGAACAGCGGCAGCGCGUACGACCUCGUGGGGUUCUCGAACAUUGACCCAUUUGAAGCCAGCGGGCGCGGCGGGGGGGGAAACCGCUUCCUUGGCUAGGAUCGUUUGGAAGUUGGG